AUUAAGAAAUUUUACAACAAUUUUGGAGUUUAUUAUUCGAAGGACUUGGGAUUUCAAGAUUUUUUGUGUGGUACAACAUGCGUGUUGUAACAACUACUGAAAUUCAAAAGUUCCCUCGACAGUCGGCUUUUUUUACUGGAACGACCCGGACUUUUAUUCGACAAAGGACUGUCACUAUCGCAACAUUCCCCAAAAAGUGUACUUUGGUGAAUAUUUUAGUGAAUACAACAACAACAUAUUCAAUGCUUCUAUGACGGACAUAUAUCUAUCAAAUAAACCGAAAUAUCGCUGUAAUUGUCGAUCGAUAAAUAUCUAUAUUCUCUGAUCUAAGCGCUAACAAUUAAAUGCAUUUAUUGUUAGAAGAGCCUCAUAUAACUUCCCAUUCAAAAUGCUUACAUUUAAUUUAAUUGUUGCUGCUUGUGAGAAUUUUGGAAUUGGAUUGAAAGGAGAAUUGCCAUGGCGUCUUAGGUCAGAACUUAAGUAUUUCUCAGCUACCACAAGAAGGCGGAAUGAUCCUAAAAAGCAAAAUGUAGUCAUAAUGGGACGAAAAACUUAUUUCUGCAUUCCUAAGAAUAAACGACCGCUACCUGAUCGUCUUAAUGUAGUUUUGAGUAACACUCUCAAACGCACAGAUUUUGAUGAAAAUGUGCUUCUUUAUCACAGUCUGGAAUCAGCAAUGCAAGAUUUAGAGAAAUUAGAUAUAAGAAAGAAAAUAGAAACCGUUUGGAUAGUUGGUGGCAGUGGAGUGUAUAAAGAGGCUAUGGCAUCACCACGUUGUAAUCGCAUAUAUUUAACCAAUAUUCUUAAACAUUUCGACUGUGACACUUUCUUUCCGAAGAUACCAAAUGAUUUUCAAGAAGUAGAACCCGAUCCAGAAACUCCCGUGGGCGUCCAGGAAGAGGGAGAGGUAAAAUAUGAAUAUAAAAUAUUGGAAAAACGAAGAUAAACGCUUUAAAUACAUCAUUCGAAAGAUAUAAAAGCCAA